CAGACUCUCACAGCAGGACGUGUGUGUGUGUGUGUGUGUGUUUUGUAGUUUGUUCAUUUCUUUUCAGCAGCUGCUGUCUGCAAACAAACCGCCUUUUCUAUCGGAUACAUUUCUCCAUUUCUUACAUUUACUACCUGCUUUUUUUGAAGGGGGGGAAGUUUUGUUGUUUUUUUUUUCCCCCUUGUUGUUGUUGUUGUUCUUGUGGAGGUGAAGCUCAAAGAGGAAUUAAAAGAAAGCUAGACUCAAAGAAGAAGAAGAAGAAAACAGACAAACCUGGAGGAGGAAAAGGGCGUUCAUACUUCGAAGUAACCAUGGAAGUUCCUGGUAUGCAGAGUUCUCAGAUUGAUCCGGAGGAGUUGUUCACCAAAUUGGAUCGGAUUGGUAAAGGAUCCUUUGGAGAGGUGUUUAAAGGUAUCGAUAAUCGUACUCAGAGCGUCGUCGCCAUCAAGACCAUCGAUCUGGAGGAGGCUGAGGACGAGAUCGAGGACAUCCAGCAGGAGAUCACAGUUCUGAGUCAGUGCGACAGUCCGUAUAUCACCAAGUACUACGGCUCUUAUCUGAAGGGCAGUAAACUAUGGAUCAUCAUGGAGUAUCUUGGUGGAGGAUCUGCGCUCGACUUGCUGCGGGCAGGUCCGUUUGACGAAUCUCAGAUUGCCACCAUGCUGAAGGAGAUCCUGAAGGGGCUCGAUUACCUGCACUCUGAGAAGAAGAUCCACAGAGACAUCAAAGCUGCCAACGUCUUGCUGUCGGAGCACGGUCAGGUGAAGCUGGCGGACUUCGGGGUGGCCGGUCAGCUUACGGACACGCAGAUCAAGCGGGAAACCUUUGUGGGAACGCCAUUCUGGAUGGCUCCUGAAGUCAUCCAGCAGUCUGCCUACGACUCUAAGGCUGAUAUUUGGUCGCUGGGCAUCACCGCCAUCGAGCUCGCCAAAGGGGAACCUCCGAAUUCAGACAUGCAUCCGAUGCGAGUUCUGUUCCACAUCCCCAAGUCUCCUCCUCCGACGCUGACGGGAGAUUUCUCCAAGAGCUUCAAAGAGUUCACCGAGGCCUGCCUCAACAAGGACCCCGCCUUCCGUCCCACAGCCAAGGAGCUGCUCAAACACAAGUUCAUCGUCAAACACUGUAAGAAGACGUCCUACCUCAGCGAGUUGAUUGACAGGUACAGGAGAUGGAAGGAGGAGGGGCACAGCGACAGCAGCUCCGACGACUCUGACAGUGAGUCCAGUAACAAGGAGAACAGCGAUUCUCCUGAGUGGUCCUUCACCACCGUCCGUAAGAAGAAGACGGAGGGCAGGAAGGUCCUCCACGGGACGGGUCAGGAUCAGCUGAGUAAGUCCGCCAGUCUGACCACAGUCAUCUCUCCUGUCUUCACUGAGUUGAAGCAGCAGCACAAGGAGCACUCUGAGCAGCGAUUGGCCAUCGAGGAGCUGGAACGUAACAUCCGAUUGGCUGAAGACGUCUGUCCAGGCAUCACGGACAGGAUGGUCACACACAUCAUUGCCAGGUACCAGAAAUUCACGACCAACUGAGGAGUGGAUAAAUCGAAAAAGGAAGUGCGUGGAAUGAAGAGAGACUGUGUCUCCGUACGGUGACGCUGCUGGACGAUUGGAAACGGAGGAGAUUUGCUGUGCGAUGUCUCCUCGCUGUACACACACCUGACACGCAUACACACAUAUAUACAUACGUACACACACACAUACACACACACACUACUAA